CUUAAUGAAGAAGAGCAUCUUCUUGCAGUGACGUGCACUGAACAAAUAAUAUAGCCCAGCUAAGAAGAAAUGGCCACCGACAUGGAUCAAACAUACUGUGAUUGGUCUCGCUCAGAACUGCCGGCCGACCGGAGCGAUAGCGAUUCUCAGGAAGCAUCAAUCUCUGAAAUGUUGGAUCAUGGUUCAAUUUCUUUUGGAAGAUAUUCUGUUGAGUCACUGGCAUGGGAAAAAUGGUCAGUGUUCUCUCAUAACAAAUGCCAGGAGGAGCUGGAAAAAUUCAAGGCCCCUGGUCUAGUUGCCCGCAAGAAGGCCCACUUUGAAGAAUAUUACAGAAGAAUAAGAACACUGAAGAAGUUGCAGGUUGAGCAAGAGACAAACCUUGCUGCUGAUCCUUUCAGCAAUGGUGCUUUUCUUGAACAGAAGGAUGAACAGGGUCCCAAAUGGCAACAAAAUAGUGUUGAUUCUACCACAGAAGAAGAGGGAAUGAACCCCAGAAAUGAUCCCGUGGCUCAUUUCUUAGAGGGGGAAUCAGCUUUGACUUGUGAAAACGAUGGUCACAAUGUGAUCUCGGAGAGAAACCUUGAGGCCUCUGUAUCUAUUGUAGAACCUAGCGCAUCUGCACAAGAGGUUGCACCAGAACAUUCAGAGUCAACAAGUAGGUGGUCCUUAGAAGAUGCAUGCUCAGACAACAUUAUCUCCAACAAUGUGGAGCUAAAUUUCAAGAAAGGAGAAGUUCAUAAAGCUGCAGCAAAAGCUAAGGAGACUGCUGCUUCAGCAAGAAGAAAAACAAAAUUGGACAGCAGCACAAAGGCAAAUGCAAACAAACCAUUUGACAGGCUCAGAAGUCUUCUCCACAAGGCAGUUAGUGUGGAGGCUGAGAAAAAGCUCGUUUCAAGCAAAGUGGCAACUGCUAGGGUUAACAUCAACAAUACCUCCAUGUCUUCACAAAAACCACUUGCUAGAGUAGAUAAUACCAGGGUUACAAGUAGCAACGACUCUGCCCCAGUGCCUUCACACAGAUCACUUGGAAUGGAUAAAGGGGGACACUCUUCGCCUUCCAAUGUUAAAGAUGGGACUCGUGGUGGUAAUCUCAUUUCAAAAUCCUUAGAGGAAAAAUUGCCAUCAAAGUCUUCAGUUCAUGCACAAAGGUCAUCAUGUGCUCAGAGCAACUCAAAGAAGAUUGCUGUGACUGGUAGUGGUGUCCAAAAUAUGACUUUAGAGAACAGGGAACCUAAAGCUGCUAGAGUAAAGUCAUCAGGAAUUGGUAACAAAUCUGUAAUUCCAAAGGGAAGAAAUACUAAUAACCAGAGGCCUAAAACCAUAACUGAAAACAGAACUUCUGGCAUAUGUAUACCCAGGUUUACAAACAAUUCUGCACAGACUAAAACAGUUCAAAACAAUGUAGUCAAGCCUAGUGCCAGAAGUAGUGUCCGUGAAGAGAAAGAGAAAAUGGGAAGAGAGGAAAUGGAUAGGAUAGGAUUCAGUUCAAGGUUUUCUUCCUUAGUUCUUAAUGGUGUCUCACAUGCUCAAGCUCCAAAGUUAGAGCAUAAGAAGGUUGUGCCAUCACAAUCUGCUAGUCUAACACUCGGUGGGAAAAAUGCAAGGCAGCGAAAGCCAAUCUGGAGAUGACUGUGGAAAAUAGAAAAUUCAGGUCAGUAUUGGUGGCAUUGGAUCGGGGCAUCUGCAUAAAGAAGUUGCUCAGCAUCCUUGAAAAUAGUGAUAUUGUCAUGCAUUUACAUCACAAAAAAUAGUUACAUGGUUGUUUGCAUAGAAGCAAAAAGAAAGCAUCAACAGGGAGGAUAAUGCAAUUGUUUGUCCUCACAAUUGUAUCUUAUGUUGCAGCUCCAAAAUGAUUUAAUCAUUCCAAUUUAGGUUUACAUACUGUGGAGAACCUAUUAUAUAUAUAGGAGUUUCAGUAUCGUCUUAAAUGGUUA